CCCGCCCCGGCUCGACGCUUGCAGGCUGUCGCGAGGUUUGAGGCCGCUGGGCCGGCCCGGGCGGCUGCAAUAUGGCGGAGGCGGAAGGGGAGAGCCUGGAGUCCUGGCUGAAUAAGGCCACCAAUCCUUCCAACCGCCAGGAGGACUGGGAAUACAUAAUUGGCUUCUGUGAUCAGAUCAACAAAGAGCUUGAAGGGCCACAGAUCGCUGUCCGACUGCUAGCCCAUAAGAUCCAGUCUCCGCAGGAAUGGGAGGCGGUUCAGGCCCUGACGGUGCUGGAGGCGUGCAUGAAGAACUGUGGGAGGAGAUUUCAUAAUGAAGUGGGAAAGUUCCGGUUUUUGAAUGAGUUAAUCAAAGUCGUCUCUCCAAAGUACCUGGGGGACAGGGUGUCUGAGAAAGUGAAGACCAAGGUUAUCGAGCUGCUUUAUAGCUGGACGUUGGCCCUGCCAGAAGAAACCAAGAUCAAGGAUGCUUACCACAUGUUGAAGAGGCAGGGCAUAGUGCAGUCUGACCCGCUGAUCCCUAUGGACAGGACACUGAUUCCCUCUCCACCACCUCGUCCCAAAAAUCCUGUUUUUGACGAUGAGGAGAAAUCCAAGCUUUUAGCCAAGUUGCUGAAAAGCAAAAACCCGGAUGACCUACAAGAGGCCAACAAGCUCAUCAAGUCCAUGGUGAAGGAAGAUGAGGCGCGGAUCCAGAAGGUGACCAAGCGUCUGCACACUUUAGAGGAGGUUAACAACAACGUAAAGCUGCUCAAUGAGAUGCUGCUUCAUUACAGUAAAGAGGAUUCUUCAGAGGCAGAUAAAGAGCUCAUGAAGGAGCUGUUUGAUCGGUGUGAGAAUAAGAGGCGAACAUUAUUCAAACUAGCCAGUGAGACAGAGGACAAUGACAAUAGUUUGGGGGACAUCCUUCAGGCCAGUGACAACCUCUCCCGGGUCAUCAACUCUUACAAAACAGUCGUUGAAGGGCAGGUUAUCAAUGGUGAGGUAGCCACCUCAGCCAUGCCAGACUCGGAAGGAAACCACUCCAGGAACCAAGGCACUCUCAUCGACCUUGCUGAGUUGGACACACCAGGCAGCUCAUCCUCAGUGUUGGCACCAGCCCCACCAUCCUCCGGCAUCCCUAUCCUCCCUCCACCCCCUCAGACCUCAGGACCUGGGCGCAACCACUCUUCCAGCCAGGCUGAGGCCACUCCAACACCCAACAGCACAAGCAACGCCCUCUGCCUGCUGGACGAGGAGCUGCUCUGCUUGGGCCUUACUGAUCCAGCACCCACUGCUCCUUCCAAAGACUCCGCUGGAAACAGCCAGUGGCCCCUGUUCCAGAAUGAGCAGUCGGACCUGGAAUUCUGCGGCCCCAAGCCUGGGAGUGCUGCCUGUAGCCCGUCAGAUGGCCCUCUUGUCCCACCCUCAGCACCCUCUGCAGGCAGCUCCCAGGCUCCACUGCCUUCUCCCUUCUCUGCUCCUGUGGUCCCAGCCACUGGGCCUACCCCCAAAGCAGGCUCCUUCUUGUUUCCGACUGGACUGGCCCCAGCCUCGGCCCCAAAGGCUGAGUCCACAGCCCUCGGGUACCAUGGCUCAGCUUUGGGCGAUAGCACCCUGCACCAACUGGAUGCCCUUGAUCAUCUUCUCGAAGAUACCAGAGCGACCUCCGGCCUGGUGAAACCUGUCUCUUCCAUCUUCUUCCCUGGGGCCACCACCUCCCCUCUGAUCCCCACCAGCACCACUGCUCGGCCUCUCCUCCCCUUUUCCCCAGGGCCUGGCAGCCCUCUUUUCCAGCCACCUGCCUUCCAGUCCCAAGGCAGCCCCAUGAAGGGGCCAGAGCUUUCCCUGGCCAGUGUCCACGUCCCCCUGGAAUCUAUCAAGCCUAGCAGCGCUCUUCCUGUGACAGCCUAUGAUAAAAAUGGCUUCCGCAUCCUCUUCCACUUUGCCAAGGAGUGUCCGCCUGGACGGCCGGACGUGCUGGUCGUGGUGGUGUCCAUGCUGAAUACAGCUCCCCUGCCUAUCAAAAGCAUUGUGUUGCAGGCCGCAGUGCCAAAGUCAAUGAAGGUGAAGUUACAGCCACCCUCUGGGACAGAGUUAUCUCCAUUUAGCCCCAUCCAGCCACCUGCAGCCAUCACCCAGGUCAUGCUGUUGGCCAACCCACUGAAGGAGAAGGCGAGGCUUCGGUAUAGGCUGACCUUUGCCCUGGGAGAGCAACUGAGCACAGAGGUGGGCGAGGUGGAUGAGUUCCCUCCUGUGGAACAGUGGGGUAACCUAUGACCCCAGAGGACUCCGUGUCACCUCCACAUUGAAGCCCAGGCAAGCUGCCUUGAGACAGGAGGGCUCUCUGGUCCAGUCAUCCUCCACGUCCUGCCUGCAGUGCCUGGAGCUGGGAUAUGGAGCAGAGGCCCUGGGCAUCGCUGCUAGGAGCCGAGCUGCUGCUGUGAUGCUCUCUCCCUUGGCCCCCUAAAAGGACCUGAUUUUUAUCUACCUGUGUGACUUGAAGUGGCCCUGUACUGUCAGGGGUGGGGAGUGGCUUGACUCUUUAUUGCCCUGGGAACAUGGACCCAAGGCAGGGAGGAGGCUUUUUCCCUCGUGUUGGUAUCCUGACGCCGCAGAGGAGUCGUCUCUAAAGAGACUUAAGAGAAUCCCAAGGACCACAUCCUCACACCCUAGAGGCCUCAGCCCCCAUCACUACUCUGUGCUUCCCCUGCUGGCAGGCUCCUGCUCCCACCUCCGGAGAGGUAGGCAAAGCCGAGUGGUUCUGAGCCACCCUGGGCAGAGUGAGGUGAUGUACUGCUGAAUCUCCAACUCUGCCUUCCGUGGGCAGCAUCAUCCUGGAACAGCCACCGGGUUACCAGUUGUAUGCUUGUCUCUGGCGGUGGCAGGCUGUGUCCUAUGGACAUCUCGGCAGGCUGUGGAACUCAGCCUGUUAGGAACAGAACUCGGCCUUGUGGCAGCCAAAACUAGGGGUAUGAAAGAAUGAAGAGAACCAGUAUUCCCCUUCUCUGGAAGCAGGUACUCAAAGCUUUCUGGGGAAAGUGUGCCUCCUGCCUUGAGAACAGGCCAUCCUAUUCACUACCUCUUGCUUGGCAUGAAAUAAACUGCUCUUCUGCCCUUCAAGCCUCUGAAGGGAAGAACAACUCCCAUCACCCUCUGCGUCCUCCUGCUUGGGCCUCCCCCUCUUCCCAUCAGAUGGCCUGUGGUGUGGCAUGUGAUUGGGAAUAGGAGGCCUCAGGGUCAGGCACAUUGCACUAGACUUCUAUCCUUACCUGUUGCCCAGGGACCUUGACUAUCCCCAGCUGCUGAGGGGCACAGUCACCGUGAUAUGGGGUCUGGAGGUGGUGAGAUCAGGAACCAUGCUUGAAUCGAGUCACCAGACCCUGUUGCUUUGACAGUGCUCAGCUCCAGAAAGCUUGUGCCAGUUGCUCCAUCUACCAGAUGCAACUGGGCCAGGGAGUCUAGGCCUCAUGGGGCAACAGGAAAAUUGCUUCCACCAGCUGAGGAAAGAGCACACAGCUCACCUGAGCUCAGCUGGAUGGCGCAGAGCCAUCUUUGGGGAAAGGUGGCACAAACCACACUCCCUGAUUCCUCCCUGCACUUUGCCAGGUUUCCUUACUAUAUUCCUUCCCUUCCAUCUUGAGCAAGCAGGUUUCACUGCUUCAUUAGGACAAGUCAAAAGUGAAUCAGUUUCACUACUUAUAAAUUUAAGAGCUUUCCAGAGACUGGCUGCUUGCAGCCCUGGGAAGAUUUGUGGGAUUACUAUAUGGAAAAUACACCUUUAUAAUAAGCUUUAGACAUUAAAACUAUCUGAGUGUUACUACUGAGGUCACUGCUUUGUGACAAAUGGCUGUGUACAAUAUACUGACUCUGCUGCCCUUGUUUUGCUGCAUGUCAAAUAAAAUCAUUUUUGCCCUACGUGGAAUCCUAAUACAGAUGACCAUUCAAUCACUCUCCUGUGGACAAAGCACCACUUAGGAAUUCCAGACAUAUACAGGCAGAUAUGCUGGCAUCACCUGAGAUUUUUGUUGGUCAAAGUACAGGUUCCUGGACCUUUUCCUUUUCUAAAGUAAAAACCAGGUAAAGGUUCCAAGUGAUUGUAAAGGCUAAAUUUCAGAAGCGUAAGUAAACCACUGACCACUCUUGUUUAAGCUAAUAGGGAAGGAGGGAACUGCACUCACCGUCAUGACUUGUAGGAGUGGCUUUUUUUUCUCUUGGGAGACAGGGAGACCAGUUCCAUCCAAGGAAAACAUAACAAG